CUCACACCCGGAUAGAAUUCCGGGAAAAAGUGUAUCUUCUCUCAAGCCAAAACUAGCGAAAUAAUUCUGGCAUCGAAAAAUGAAUGAAUUUAAAGUACCAAAUUACUGGCGAAUAUUACUAGUAUUCUUGUGUCUAAAUAUUGUGUCAGCAUUUCCCGAACAAGGAAAAUGGGAUUUCGUGCUAACCAAGCGGAACACGUAUAUACCUAUUCCGAAGUCACUGUAUGAGGGAUUUAGCAUUUACGUGCAGGUUACUUGUGAGCCAUCUCAAACUAACAUACAGGGGAGCAAUCCAGAAGUCAAAGUGAACAUUUCCUGGAGCCUACGGGAGUUAAAAUGCUGGCAGGAGUACGUAAGCUACUCCUACCUACUGCAAGAUGAGCGAUUCCCGGUUAGGAACAACGUAACACAAAUUGACUCGGCGGUAUAUCCGAAUGUGUGCAGCAAUGAUCGUCACAUUGUGAUACCGGAAACAAAGCUUGCAGAGCCCAACAAUCCGCUCCCUGCCGCUCCUUCAAGAAGAAGCGUUGGAACGUUGAACAGUGAACAACGUCCGGUCUUUACCUUGACCAAGGAUGGGCUCUACAUCUUUGUGCUUCGCAUUGAGCCAGGAAACAGGAUCGGAGCGCGCGCAAACAACGACAUCGACAUGCUGGGCGAUUACAGCGCAAAUGUGCACGUCGAAAUACGACGCUCCAAUGCGUACUUGUCCGCCGUGGAUUGGCCGUUGUUGCCGUUCUAUGGAGUCAUGUGCCUAGUGUACGUUUUGCUAGGUAUCGUAUGGCUGACCGUUUCGUUCUUGCAAUGGAGGGAUCUGCUCCGUAUUCAGUUCUGGAUAGGCGGUGUGAUCCUGCUGGGAAUGUUGGAGAAGGCGAUGUUUUACGGCGAAUAUCAAAGCAUCAAUUCCACCGGCGUGUCCGUGAAAGGCAUGGUACUGCUAGCGGAGUGGGUUUCCUGCGGCAAAAGAACGCUGGCACGAAUGUUGGUGAUCAUCGUCUCGCUGGGCUUCGGUAUCGUAAAACCUCGGCUGGGACCCAUGCUGCACCGCGUGGUCGUAACGGGAGCGCUCUACUUGGUGUUGGCUUGUGUGGAGAGCUUUUUACGCAUAAUGCACACGAAGAAUGACCACAGCAAACAAAUUCUCGUCGCCAGCAUACCGCUAGCACUGCUGGAUUCGGCCAUUUGCUGGUGGAUAUUUACAUCUUUGGUUCAAACUACGCGUACCUUGCGGCUGCGGAGAAACAUGGUGAAGUUGUCGCUGUACAGACAUUUUACCAACACGCUCAUUUUCGCCGUUCUCGCGUCGAUAGUAUUCAUGCUGUACUCUAUUAAAGUACACCGUUACGCAGAAUGUUUGACGGACUGGAAAGACUUAUGGGUGGACGACGCGUUCUGGCACGUGCUGUUCUCUACGCUGCUCCUCGUAAUCAUGAUUCUGUGGCGACCAACUAACAAUAACCAGCGAUACGCAUUCACCCCACUACUCGAUAAUCCUGAAGAUGAAGACGACGAAGAAGAAGAGCAGUUUGUGUCGGAUGCGUAUGGCGUUAAAAUGCGAGGUGGCCGAAGCAGCUCCCCGAAACCAAAUGCUAAGAGCGUUACCACGGACGAGGAAAACUUAAAAUGGGUUGAAGAUAAUAUCCCGGCGGCCAUCGCUGACGCGGCCCUUCCCGUGCUGGAUUCGGACGAGGAAAUCAUCAACACAAAGUUUGAAGUCUCCAAAAUGCAGUAGACGUGUUGCCGCUGCCCCAAAAUCCUAUGUUAUAUAGUGAACUAAUAUAUAAGCUAGCUUGCCAACGUGUCGCCUGUUCCGGCGAUACUUGUCAACGAUAUCGAUUCCAAUCGCUUGCACCGGGGGACGUCGGUGGGCAAAAUGCAUGAGGGCUGUUGUGGAUUCUGGGAGUGUGCCUCAUGAAAUGCGUAAAAGUUCAAACGGCUGAUGGUGAUACUAUUUCGAACGGCACUAGUCAAACUUUAUAUUUAACAACAGAUUGACGGUUGCCAUCCCUGAUGCAUGCGGAAAGGCCCCGUCCUAAAGGCGUGUUUUUUGCAAGACGACUAUGGUAUUCGAAGAUAUGCAGGAACAUUAAGUUAUUAUGUGAUUCGCGUUUUUUUAAUUUGUAGCCUGUAAUUAUAUGAGUUAUUUUUGUGGCCACCUCUGUCCAAGGGCUGGUUUUGCCUAGUUUGCACCCCCACGUCCGGAUGAGUUUCAACGAGUGUGUAAUUUUCCUUCUGGACGCGUAUUUCCAAUUCGUAGAUGCUAGAUUUCUUCCAUACGUUGAAUUCAAGGACGGCAACAAUCGUUCGUUCGGCUAGGGCUAGACGCGAACAAUCGCGAAUAGAGUGCAAGAUGCAUUAUUAGAAUGGUUCGCGGGACACUAAGACUUUUGAGACUAGCGUGGGGACAGUUCGUUGGUUGGCAUAAAAAUACACGCUUGGUUAAAAGCGUCAGGAGGAGAUAAUGACAUACAGUCCUAAAUUAAGAUAGUCCAAUAUAAGAUACGUAAACUUUAAUG